AUGUUUGUCACCAUCCUGUUUGGAGACAGCAGGAUGGAAAUGUGCAAUCUCAACUGUAAACUGAUAAACUUCAUCCAUCAUUUAAAGGAGAAGUGUGGACUGGACUUUAAAGAGUGUGUGGACCUGAUGGACAGCAGUGGCAGAGUGAUGAACCUGGAGGGGAAGCAGCAAAGCUUGGCUCUGACCAGCAGCGUGCUAGCAGAGAGGCAGUACUACGUCCUCCUGCGAGUAUGCCAUGAUGACACUGGAGGCCGGAAAUAUGUGUCUCUCCUGAAUAACUUCAGCCAGAGUCAUCCUGAGUUAACAGAGCUGCUGAGGAAGUUGUCCAACCCUGACAAGGAGCGAGACAGACAGAUGAGAAGAGGACGGACACAGAGGAGCAGUCCUGCCAAACAAACCAGAAGCAAAAACACCUCUGCAAAUGACAAGAAACACCAAAUGAAAUAGUUUCUAUACGAGUCAUGAUAGACUUUUAGGUAUGAUUUCUUUAAAUAACUUUUGUAGAAAGCCUGAAACAAAACAUGUUCUUAAACAUGAACAGGUCCUGUAUUUAUG